GCCGACACUCUUCCCCAAGCUCGUGGCCGCCUCGUCGCGACAGGAGGGCGUUGAAGGAGCUGGCUCCGUUGGCUCCCUGGGGCUGUAUCGAGACAGCUUUCGGCUGCUGUGGAUGGGGCAGGAAAUCACCAUGGACCUGCUGCCCUUGGAGCGUCCACAAGUGGUGCGGGUGGUCGCGGAGGGAGGUCUUCAGGUGAGAACGGUGCAAAGUCUACUGCAGCUCGUGAAGGCGACGUUGGCGCAGAAGAGCCACUUGGCCUUCACCGCCGGGGUGCUAUGUGAGCAUUGCCAUGCCUCCGGCCGGUCCUGGGCGGCUCGGCACCAUGUGAUCGACCUCUCCGAGCUGAAGGACGGGGGCCCUGUGCCCUGCCGCGCCUCCGCGCGUGCGGUCACAGCGCCCUGGAGCUCUUGGGUGAGCCAAUGGUCUCCUGCCGUGGAUCCACCCGUCCCAGGCCGAGGGACUGUCGCCCACACACACCGCCUCGACGGAGCUCUCCGUCCAUGGCACCACCGACGUGCACCUGUUCUAUGCCUCGCCCAUUUGGCGGAAGACCGAGGCUGGAGGCUCUGA